UGAUGAUGAUGCCGGCAGCUCCUAUACGAGAUAUUUUUCCCUACCGGACACCAGCAACGAUGUUCUACUAGGACGGUUACCGGUUGCAUUCGAGUACGCCGAAACAUCGAAACCGGUGCCAGUGAAAUCCAACAGAAUGUGUUGGGUAUUCUCCCGGAACCGAAGGGAAGAGGAAAUGAAGGAGCACCGGGACUCAUCACAGUCUACCCUGUUUGGAAGGCUGAAGAAGAACCUCUCUCAAUGUCGGGAAAAAUGGGGACCGCUCCUCGCUGCAAAGGAGAACUGGAAUGAUGAAUACAAUUUCACGUCUGGAAGGUCCGCUGGUGAGGAACAUGUAACCAUGUCCCAGUCGACAUGAGCGUGGUGGUGGUGGUGGUCGUUUACUUGGUGUCUGUUUGUUGGGUCCAGGUUUACGCCUGCGAAAGAGACUGCCGGCUAUACGUGGAAGCUGAUAAUUGUCGCUGGUUGAAGGGUUUGAGAGCGGAAAAUUCUGUCCUGUCUUGUCUUUACUAGGGUCGUUACAGAGGCGAAGCAUAACUUCAAUCAGGAAGACCCAUCGAGUGUAUUGGAAUCCUGCAAAUUCCGGCCUCAAAGUUCGGUUACAGCCCGCUAUGUAUGCGAUUUUAAUGUCUCAUGUUCUUGUUACCAACGGAAU